AUGUUUGAAAGAGAGGGCAUUUCUGGCCACAUUCCUGGAAAGAGAGGGCAUUUCUGGCCACAUUCCUGGGCAUUUCCCAUUUUCGUUCCUGUUUGUUCGAGGAAGUGUUUGAAAGAGAGGGCAUUUCCCAUUUUCGUUCCUGUUUCUUCGAGAAAGUGUUUGAAAGAGAGGGCAUUUCUGGCCACAUUCCUGGGCAUUUCCAUUUUUCGUGAUUGGUUCUCGAUAAAGUGUUUGAAAGUGAGGACAUUUCUGGCCACAUUCCUGUUCAUUUCCCAUUUUCGUUCUUGUUUGUUCGAGAAAGGGAGAACACUUCUGGCCACAUUCCUGGGCAUUUCCAUUUUUCGUGAUUGUUUCUCGAUAAAGGGUUUGAAAGGGAGAACACUUCUGGCCACAUUCCUCGGCAUUUCCAUUUUUCGUGAUUGUUUCUCGAGAAAGUGUUUGAAAAAGAGGGCAUUUCUGGCCACGUUCCUGGGCAUUUCCCAUUUUCGUUCCUGUUUCUUCGAGAAAAUGUUUGAAAAAGAGGGCAUUUCUGGCCACAUUCCUGGGCAUUUCCCAUUUUCGUUCCUGUUUCUUCGAGAAAGGUAA